GCCCCUUUCUCUCGUCAACAAAAAUAGAGCGCAGCCUAGGAGGCUAGGGUUGCGCCGCCCCUGCGCCGCCCCUCGGCCAGCCCGCCGGCGGGAGAACCUCGUCCAUCCGCCCCAGUCGCCGCCGUUUCAUCCGCCUUGAUUCGCUUCACCCAACGGCAAGGCAGCGACUCCCCCGACCCGUCCCUGCUCACUCGCGACCAGGACCGGUCCGUGUUUGUUGCCGACGUUAUUCUCUAUCCCGACCUCGAGCCUCAGCCCUCGUUGAUGCGAGCUGCCGGCCCGAUCUCAGCCUGAGCGAAAGUAUGGACAAAGCUGAGAAAGCAGUAUGGGAUGAUGCACACGUACUGCACUUUAUUACUACUUGCAAAGAAGAGAUUAGUAAUGGGAACAGGCCUUUAGGUUUUCUCAAUCCGAUUGGUUGGAAAAAUCUUGUGGAGAAGUUUGAAGCAAGAACUGGGAAGAAGCUAACAAAGACUCAAUUGAAGAAUAAAUGGGAUAGUAUGAAGAAAGAGUACACAUGGUUCAUGGAGUUGAGAAUUGCUGCUACUGGACUUGGAUGGGAUGAUGCAAAGCAAACUGUUGAUGCUUCCAAAGAAUGGUGGGAUGAACAUCUUCAGAGAUGCAACGAUCCCGCGAAAAGUAUAAAAUGCAAUCACUUGAGGUACAGGAAGCGUGGACCGAAGCAUUUGGAUGAUCUGCACGUGAUGUUCGAGAAGGCACAUGUAACAGGGGCUAGUGCAAGCUGUCCAGGAGAUAUAUCUAGCGACGAAUGCAGUGAUGAUGAUGUGACAGCUGUAGACACAACUGAUGAGAGUGUUGAAAUAAAGUUGGCAUCCUUGAAGAAAGCAAAAGCAAACAAGAAGCGCAAACAAUCAACUAUUGAAAGUGAAGAGAAAGCUAGUAAGAAGCGCAAGGAAUCCUCUAAUGCCAAUAAAGAUAAAGAUGAGAAAAGCCCCUUCUUUCGAACGUACGCCAGGCACAUGUGAAAAGAUAGGGAUUGCAGCUGAAAAGAUUUCAUCAAAUUUUGUAGCAUCAUCUGCUCCUCCAACAAACCAUGUACCUUCCAUUGCAGAUGUUAUGCAGAUGGCGAAAGAUUGUGGGGUGCAAGAAGGAACCGCUUUAAUGCAUACAACCACUAUGAUGAUCGUGAAGCCCGAUUUUAGGGAGAUCUUCAGCUUGCUUCAAACAAAAGAAGGACGGUUUGAUUUGCUGCAGAGGGAGCAUGAAAAGGAGAUGAAACGAGUGUAGAAUAUUUUACUUAUCGUGUUAAACAUUUAUGUCAAUUUGCUUGUCUUGCCGUGUGAACCAUUUGAGUCUUGUCGUGUGAACAAUUUCCUAUUCAUCAAUAUUAUCCCAAAAUAGCGAUUUACAUAUCAAUUAGUACGCA